UAUUUCUGUGCGUGUACUUAUAUACAUACAUACAUAGACACACGUACACACAUAUGUCAGAGUGUAGAUUUUAUAAGCUAUACAUGUAAGGCCCAAUCUGCAAGGAGUACAGAAGCAGGCAGUGCCGGCCCCACUCUGGGUUCAAGGGGGGACUCGGGGUCGCAUUCCAAGAUGGCUGUGUCUGAGGAAUGCAGUGGGUGCCCUCCUAAGACGCCUUCCUCCCUCCUUUUUUUUAUUAAACUAUUUCACCUAUCCUAACGAAUACUUUGAUUACUAGGCGAAGUAAUUAUGUCAAUGUGUAUCCAAUGAGUGUCGUUUAAGUUCAAAAACAAUACCCUGUGAAGAAUAAAUGUAAAUGAGGAAAAGGAAGGUGAUACGGGAAGUCCUAGAAAGGCCCUAUACUGUAAAAUGUAUGGUCUUAUCUAAUGAAGCUUCCUCGCCACAGAUAAUGCUUAUGCAGGAGGAUGCUACUUGCUCGUCUUAAGCAAUGUCUCAUAGGGAUAUCUCUGAGGUGGAGCCCGAAGGUACGUCGGCCUUGGCUGCUGGAUCGAGAUCUCUAUUCUUAGAGACAGUACGUCGUAGCAAUGCGGCAUGUCAAAAUGGUGACUAUGCUCUUGCUGCAACUUUAUAUACGGAAGCUCUUGCUUUGGAUCCACUCAGCCAUGUGCUAUAUUCGAACAGGUCAGCUGCUAGGCUUAAAAUGGGUUUAUUUGCACUUGCACUUCAAGAUGCUGUCAGAGCCACCGAACUUAGUCCUCAGUGGCCAAAGGCAUAUUACCGCCAAGGAGUAGCAUUGCAAUGUUUGGGGAGACAUGGAGAGGCUUUAGUGGCCUUUAGUACAGGUCUGGCCCAUGAUCCUUCUAAUUGUCAGCUGUUAUCUGGUCUGGUAGAAGCAUCUUUAAAAUCACCAUUACGUGCAACAUUAGAACCAACAUUUCAACAACUACGUGCAAUGAAACUUGAUGAAUCUCCUUUUGUUGUUAUCUCUGUUGUUGGUCAAGAACUGCUUGGAGCAGGACAGUAUAAAGCAGCAGCAGGUGUAUUAGAAGCUGCACUCACUAUUGGUUCUUGUAGCUUAAAAUUGAGAGGUUCUGUAUUCUCAGCUCUUUCUAGUGCAUAUUGGGCAUUAAAUUCGUUGGAUAAAGCUAUCAAUUACAUGCAACAAGAUUUAGGUGUUGCACGAUCAUUAGGAGAUACACAGGGUGAAUGUAGAGCUCAUGGAAAUUUGGGUUCUGCAUACUUUAGUAAGGGCAGUUUUAAAGAAGCUUUAACAGCACACAGGUAUCAGUUGGUUUUAGCUAUGAAGUGCAAAGACACUCAGGCUGCAGCAUCCGCUUUAACUAGCCUGGGUCACGUUUAUACAGCUAUUGGUGAUUUACCAAACGCACUUGCAUCUCAUAAGCAAUGUGUGCAGUUAGUAAAACAAAUGGGAGAUCGACUUCAAGAAGCACGAGAAAUAGGUAAUGUGGGAGCAGUUUAUUUGGCAAUGGGAGAAUUUGAAAGUGCUGUUGACUGUCAUACACAGCAUUUGAGAAUUGCGAGACGUUUAGGAGAUCGCGUAGAAGAAGCAAGAGCAUUUAGCAACUUGGGUUCGUCUCAUCACUAUCGAAGAAAUUUUGGUCAGGCAAUGGCAUAUCAUGAAAAUGUUCUAAGAAUAGCACAAGAACUUGGUGAUAGAGCAAUAGAAAUGAGAGCUUAUGCUGGAUUGGGUCAUGCUGCAAGAUGUGCAGGUGAUCUUGCACAAGCCAAAUUGUGGCAUCAGAGACAACUUGAUGUUGCUUUAGCUACAAAAGAUAAAGUAGCUGAGGGACGAGCGUGUAGUAAUUUAGGAAUUGUUUAUCAAUUACUUGGAGAACAUGAAGCUGCACUUAAGUUGCAUCAGGCUCACUUAGGAAUUGCUAGAUCAUUAGGAGAUAAAGCUGGGAUGGGUAGAGCAUAUGGAAACAUUGGGAAUGCGUAUAAUGCAUUAGGAUAUUAUGAACAAGCUAUUAAAUAUCAUAAACAGGAAUUAACAAUAAGCAAAGAGGUUAAUGAUCGAAGCUCAGAAGCUAGUACUCACGGAAAUUUAGCAGUGGCAUAUCAAGCUGUACAAGGACAUGAAGCAGCAUUGAGACAUUAUAGAGCUCAUUUAGCUAUAGCACGCGAGUUAAAAGAUACAGCUGGUGAAGCGUGUGCUUUACUUAAUCUUGCCAAUUGCUUGUCAUCUCGUGGUAGAUUUGAAGAAGCAGUUCCAUAUUAUGAAAAUUAUCUUAUGCUAUCGCAGGAACUACAUGAUGUAGAAGGAGAAGCGAAAGCGUGUCACUUCUUAGGCUAUGCACAUUAUUGUUUAGGUAAUCAUCGUGAAGCUGUUAGAUAUUAUGAUCAAGAUUUGGCAUUGGCUAAGGAUUUACAGGAUAAAUCUGGAAUGGGAAGAGCUUAUUGUAAUUUGGGAUUAGCACAUUUAGCUUUGGAAAAUUUAGAUACAGCAUUAGAGUGCCAAAAGUAUUACUUAGCUAUUGCACAUAUGACUAAACACUUAGCUGGAAAAUUUCGAGCUUUGGGAAAUAUUGGUGAUUGUCUUUUACGUCUGGGUGAAGCUGAAGAAGCGAUAAAAAUGCAUCAACGUCAGUUAAAUUUAGCCCGACAAGCAGGUGAUCGUAGUUUGGAAGCUGCUGCUUAUGGAGCUUUAGGUAUUGCACACCGGACAAUAAAAAGUCUUGAUAAGGCAUUAGGAUUUCAUACUCAAGAAUUAACUUUAAGACAAGAAGCUGGAGAUCUACGUGGUGAAUGUAGAGCUCACGGAAAUUUAGGCGCCGUACACAUGGCAUUAGGUCAAUACACUCAUGCAGUAAAAUGUUAUCAAGAACAACUUGAAAGAGCAAAAGAAUUAGCGGAUUCAGGAGUCGAAGCACAAGCGUUAGGAAACUUAGGAAUAGCUAGACUUAAUAUGGCACAUUAUGAAGAUGCAAUUGGAUAUUUUGAACAACAAUUAGCAACUUUAGAACCAUUGAUGAUGGGUACAGCUUUAUUGAACAAAGCUAGAGCACUUGGGAAUUUAGGAGACUGUUAUGAAGCUUUGGGAGAUCCAGAAGAAGCUAUCAAAUGUCAUGAACAACAAUUGGCAGCUGCUACAAAAUUGAAAAGUAUAAGAGAACAAGAAAGAGCGUAUCGAGGUUUAGGUCGAGCUCGAGAAGCAACUGGUAAUCUACAAGAAGCUUUAGUUUGUUUUGAAAAAAGAUUAGUGGCUGCGCAUGAAGUUGAUAGCCCAGAAUCAAGAGGUGCAGCAUACGGAGAUUUAGGUAGAGUGCAUGCUGCGUUAGGUAAUCACGAACAGGCUGUUAGUUGCUUAUCGCAUCAACUUGCUCUUGCCAGGGGACUCGGAGAUAAAGCUGCUGAAGCAGAGGCUGCUAGUGGAUUAGGAGCUGUUCAUUUAUUAAUGGAUGAUCCAAAUUCUGCGUUACGCCAUCAUCAGUUGGAACUUUCAAUUGCUGAAGCUUUAGAUGCAGCUGGAUUACAAGCUAGGGCUUGUGCAAAUUUAGGUGUAACUCAGGAAGCAUUGGGGCAAUUCGAAGAAGCAAUAAGAUUACAAGAACAAUCGUUGAGUCUUGCAGCAGCAGCUGGAGAUCAACCUGCAAGAGCAGCUGCGUUUUCCAGUUUGGGACGUCUUCAUCAUCUGUGCGGCGAUUUGUCACGAGCUUUGAGUUAUUUGCAAUCUGGAUUGUCAUUGUCUGAGGGACUAGGAAGAAGAGAGGAAGCAGCCAGAUUGAGGCACAGGCUUGGUCUUGUUCAUUGGGAAGCUGGCGAAGCAGCGAUUGCUGUAGAACAUUUAGAAAAGGCGGCAAAUUUAUUAGAAUCGUUAGAUGGAAUUUCCUCGAAUCUUAUUUGUGGACAACCAAAUAAGUCUGAUUUAUUAUCAGAAACUUACAGAAUGUUACAAAAAGUGUUAAUUAGUUUAAAUAGAGCUGAAGAAGCUUUAAAUUGGGCGGAAAGAUCGAGACGUUGUAAAAGUAACUGUUUGGAUGAUGCUGCACACUACUCAGAAAUUAUUGAUAGACAACGUGGAGUUAUUCUAUAUUAUAGUGAAGUCGGAUGUGAGUUACAUGCUUGGUGUUUAGCUCCUGGUCGAGGUCUAUUACGAUUUCAUUCUACUACUUUAGACGAUGGCAUAGGAUUGGAAAAACGAGUUUUGCAAGCACGAGAAGCUCUUUUAGAGGAAACAAGUGAAUUCAUUGAAGAAACAAAAAUACCAUCAAGAGGACAUCAUCUUAAUGCUAGUUCAUAUAGUUUAAGCAGUCUGUUCAGUGUAGGAUCAGUUAGUUCGCGAGCAGGGAGUGCUCGAUGGGGACGAGGAACAAAAGGACCUACGUGGCAAUCACCGUUACCGAUUCAAGUACUUUAUGAUUUACUUUUAGCACCAUUUGAAGAUCUUUUGCCACCAGCAAGGAAGGAGUUAAUUAUGGUAGUAGAGAAGUCGUUGUAUUUGGCACCGCUUCCGGCUUUACAAUCAAAUCCUGGAGAAGAUUAUUUGUGCGAAAGAUUUUCCUUAUUAGUUGUACCAUCUCUCGCAGCUUUAAGAAAACGGUUAAAAACUCCUAUUCCAGAAGGCGGCGCAACAGUUGCUGCAUUAGUUGCAGGAAAUCCUAUACUUCCUGAAGAAAUUAGAGAAGAGUAUGGAUGGUCUGAAAGUAUGGCUUCUACUGAAACAGAAUCUGAAAUUGUUGCUGAAUUAUUAGAGGCCCGUGCUUUAACUGGGGCAGAAGCAACUAGAUCGGCUGUUUUAAGAUCUUUACCUGAUGCAGAAUGCGUACACCUGACAGUGCCUGUUUUUUGGAAUUCUGCUAGUUUAGCAUUAACUGCUGAUCCAUGCGAAGACUCCUCUGUAAGACCGGAAUAUCUGAUAAAUCAUUCAGAUAUUUUAAAAUUAAGAAUAGCCGCUCGUUUAGUUGUCAUAUCUAGCGGCCACGGUUGGAAUAGUACAGAAAAUACCACUGCCACAUCAGAUGGUGUGCAAAAUUUAGCCAAAGCUUUAUUAAAUGCCGGUGCGCAAUGUGUACUUAUAGGAAUGUGGGCUGUUCCACCUACGGCUGGUAGUAUAUUAUUACGAGCAUUUUAUAGUGCUAUGUUACAAGGUGCCAGAGCAUCUAGAGCAUUAGCAGAAGCUAUGCAAACAGUUCAACAUACAAGGCAUUUUGCGCACCCCGCAAAUUGGGCUGGUUGGUUACUCAUUGGAGGGGAUGCACGAUUAUCAAACAAGGUUGCUUUGAUGGGACAAGCACUUGCUGAAUUACUGCGUGGUGGUCCAGAACAAAGUCGCGAUGCUUUACGCGUGACACUUCACUUGGUAGAAAAAUCAUUGCAACGGAUACAUCGUGGACAAAAGAAUGCUAUGUAUACAACCCAACGUAGUAUUGAAAAUAAAGUGGGAGCAGCAACUGGAUGGCGAGAACUUUUAAUGUCGGUAGGAUUUAGGUUUGAACCAGCUGGAAAUGGGAUACCGUCUUCUGUAUUUUUCCCCCAAAGUGAUCCAGAGGAAAGAUUAACAAGAUGUAGCGCAAGUUUGCAAGCAUUGCUAGGAUUGGGACCUGCUUCGUUACAUGCACUUGCUAGAUUAUUACAGGCACCAGAAGCAGCAGAAGAUGUGAUUGCAGCGAUGAGAAGAGCUACUUGUGCGACAGAAGGUCAAGAAGUAACAUUACCAGUACAAGUGUGGAGAGCAUCAGGGUCGCAUGAACUAUUUGCAAGUUUAGGCUUUGAUCUCAUGGAAGUUGGUCAAUCAGAAGUUACUUUAAGAACGGGAAAACAAGCAUCGCGAAGAGCUGUCCAAUUUGCUCUUCAAGCUCUUCUAGCUUUAUUCGACACGCAAGAAGCACCUAAAAGUCUAACUUUAGACUCGAGUAGUUCCAUGGAAAGCCUAGCUUCUGUUGCCCAUAUAGAAAAGAAUGUCAUAGAGCGACCUCGACUAGGAGGCGCAUUUGCAAAUUAUGUUCGACAUCGUGGUGAACCAGAUGGAAAAACUAUGGAACCGCCAAAUGUUCCAAUUCCUACAUCACGACAAGCGUGUCAAAAUGGAGGAGGUGAAUCGGAUGUUGCUUUCACUCCCAGUCCCCCGGUAGCACUUAAUUUGAAUCAUCAAACGCGUAUUAGAAAUCUUUACCCUGAUCAAACUAUAAGACCAGGUUCUAGUUCGAGUAGUUCAGUAACAGAUUGGGAUAAUGGACAUGCAACUGUUUUAAGGCGACAACCAUUGCCACCAUUACCAGCCACUGUAUUAGAAAGAUUAAGUGUUAGAACAGAAAUUGGAUCUAAUUCCCCCAGGAAACCUCGUCAUCCUACAGCAACCGAGGAUAUUUGUGCUCAAACGGAUUCUACGCAAUCUGCAGAAACGCAUAAUCAGAAUUUAAGAAACGUAGCCACGUCACUUACAAGCCUAACACGUGAAUUAACACCUACAAUUUCAGAGGUAUAUCAUGAGCGAAACUUAGGACUAGGAUUGGCACCGUCUUUAUCAAAAUUAUUAGGAGAAGUAAGUUCUGUUCCUGAAAACGAAGAAAAUCAAUCGACGCGAACAAGUCAUGAUCAAACUCAAAAUUGGAUACAAAACGAAUCGGAAUUAUGUCGAAGAGACGAAGCUGAUGGUAGAUCCAUUGCUGAAUCGCAAUGCAGUGCCACCAGUUCUAACAAAAUACAUAGAAAAGCACCCCCUCCUCCAGUAUAGAUUAUUUAUAUAUUAUUUAUAAGCAUUAUAUAAUACUUUAAAUAAAAAUAAUA